AUGCCUCGGGGUCAGAAGAGUAAGCUCCGUGCCCGUGAGAAACGCCACAAGGCCCGAAGUGAGACCCAAGUUCUCCAGGUUGCUCAGGCCACUGCAGCAGAGAAAGAAGAUUGCCCCUUCUUUCCCUCUACUGGUUUGGGGGACACUCCCCACUGCUCCUUUGCUGCUGGCAUUCUCCAGGAGCCUCAGAGAGUCCCACCCAUGACCACUGCUGCUGCAGAUCUUUCAUGCACAGGAUCUGGUGAAGGUGCCAAGAGUCAAGGUGACAGAAAUGAAAGUUCCUCCCAGGCCUCAACAUCCACUGAGGGUUCUCGCAAAGAUCCUCUGAGUAGGAAGGCAGGAAUAUUGAUGCAGUUCCUGCUAGAUAAGUAUAAAAUGAAAGAGCCCAUUACAAAGUCAGAGAUGCUGAAGGUUGUCAAUAAAAAGUACAGGGAGCACUUCCCUGAGAUCCUUAAAAGAGCCUCUGAGCGCUUGGAGCUGGUCUUUGGCCUUGAUUUGAAGGAAGAGAACCCCAGCAGUCAUUCCUACAUCCUUGUCAGCAUGCUAGACCUCACCGAGGAUGGAAAUCUGAGUGGCUUGAGUGGUGAGUGGGAAUUUCCCAAGAAUGGGCUUCUGAUGCCUCUCCUGGGUGUGAUCUUCUUAAAAGGCAACAGAGCCACUGAGGAAGAUAUCUGGGAAUUCCUGAAUACCGUGGGCGUCUAUGAUGGAAAGAAGCACUUAAUCUAUGGGGAGCCCCGAAAGUUUAUCACUGAAGAUCUGGUGCAGGAAAAAUACCUGGAGUACCAGCAGGUGCCCAACAGUGAUCCUCCACGCUAUCAGUUCCUGUGGGGUCCAAGAGCCUUCGCCGAAACCAGCAAAAUGAAAGUCCUAGAAUUUGUGGCCAAAGUCAAUGAUACCAUCCCCAGUGCCUUCCCAUACCAUUACGAAGAGGCUUUAAGGGAUGAGGAAGAGAGAUCCAGAGUCAGAGUUGCAACCAGGUCUGGCAUCACUGCCAUGGCCUGUGGGCAUCCUAGGGCCACAUCCAGCAGCUCUUCCCACCACUUGUGA